AUGGACGACGACAACGUUCACACGCCGGAGGGUUCGACGGAAGAAUCUGAUUCGAAGGUUGAAGACGACGGUGACGUUGUGAAUUACAGUGCACAUUUUGUGACAGACACGGUUUUUCUAACGUUUGACGAUGCAGUUACAUGGGCGGAUGCUGUUGCAAUAAAUCUGGGAUUUAUUUUGGUGAAAUCGUCUUUCAACAAACAGAGGGAAGUUCGAUAUUUAAGAUGUGACCGGGGACGCAGGAGUAAGCCGAGAGAUCUUGAGAACGCAAUUCAGAAGGACACCAAAACCAAGGGCAUUGGUUGUCCUUUCUACAUCAAGAUAUGUUACGAGUUCGUCACCAAUACUUGGUUUAUACGGGCGAAAGAUGAUGUAGCUGGGACCCACAACCAUCCAAUGAUUGCGUAUCCAGAGGGUCAUCGUAAAAUUAGUGGGUUGAGCCCGAAUGCGAAGCAGGUUGUGCGUGACAUGACGAAGUCUAAGGUUGCACCGCGUAACAUCAUGGCGACUAUUGCGGAGCAAUUUCCUGAUGAUCAUCCAAACAUCAGACACAUCUACAACUGCCGGAAUGACUUCAGAGAGGAGAUGUCUGAUGGGAGAGGAGUUGUUCAGCAAUUUCUACAUUUGGCGAGACAGAGUCAGUAUGUUUACUAG